UAUGUGUGAAAACAUCAGUGCGAGCUACAUACACAGAGCAGAAGAAGAACAAUCUCGCUUCCACGACUUUGACGUUCAGAAGCAGCAGCAGCAGCAGCAGCGGCUUGUUGACCUUCCCGCUGUAGUGUGACAAACUGAAAGAUGGCUGGACGCAUGUUUGCUAGCUGGUGGGCCAAGGUUAGCCCGUACUACACCAAGGCAUACCAGGAGAUGUGGGUGGGACUUGGCAUCAUGACGUAUCUGUACUACAAGGUUUCCUUUGGGGGCAAAAAAGCUGUUAAGGACAAGCCUGCCCAUUGAGUUUUCCACCAUGCUGACCAUCACUGUCCCUGCUGUGAAAUAACGCCCUGACCGCUUGACUCUGACUUCAUGUUUGAGUGUCUGUUUAUAUGGAGCAAAUAAAGUUAUUUGUUAACCCCCAAA